AUGCAUAGUGACUCGAGAGUGAUUUACAAUUGGAUUAUAAAUGUAGGGGCAGGAUCCCCCGACUGCAGCUGGCAUUAUUCUCAUAACUACCGCAUCUAUCUAUUCAGUUCCCACCUCACUGUUACUGGACGCAAUCUGUAUCGAACCAUGGUUUACUUGAAACGUCUCCUCGCUCUCUCGAGCCUUUUGUCACUCAGUCAAGCGCAGUGGUCUCCAAACGUCCCCUUGGAGACUCGCAGUCUCGACGAGAUCUACGAGGCCGCAAAGAAGGAGUCCGGCCCUCUGGUUGUGUCCUCUGGAGGGGAUGGUAAGUAUUCUUGCGGCUGUUACCCCUACCUAUUGCUGACAGCAUGCCUAGCCGGAAAUCAGAACGAUUUUAUCAUCAAUGCAUUCCAGAAACGCUUCCCUGAUAUCCAAGUGAACUGGACAGUCGACCUCUCCAAGUAUCACGCUAGCCGCAUUGACCGUGGCUUCUACGGUGAGGGAGAGACCACUGAUGUGGUAAUCCUGCAGACCUUGCAGGAUUUCCCUCGCUGGAAGUCGCAGAAUCGUCUCAUGUACUACAAACCAGCAGUGUGGAACGAUAUUUAUGCUUCUGAGCGCGAUCCUCAAGGUGCUUAUCUUCCCAUCGCAGAGUGUAAGUUAACCCUCCUUUGUAAACAUGAAUUUGAUCUGACGAUGUCUACAGAUGGCUUCGGCGGCAUCUUCUGGGACAGCACCAAGCUGAACGAAUCCGAGGUCCCUGACGACUACGCAUCUUUCACUGACCCAAAAUGGCACGGGAAGCUGGUCCUCACCUAUCCCAACGACGAUGAUGCCGUUCUGUAUCUCUUCGCUAAGAUUAUCGGCCGCUACGGUUUUGAGUGGCUCGAUGCCCUUCAAGCGAACGACGUCCAGUGGGUACGGGGCUCCUACACCCCUGCUGCUGUUAUCUCGGCCGCCCACAACAACACCAGCAAUCCUCGGUCAAUCACCUUCACGACCGCCGAUGGUUCCGAAGACUGGUGGGGAACCAAGACCCCUCAAAAGGACGAGAGCAUGAGCUGGUCCCAGACAGGAGCGAUCCUUGCCAGCACAAAGAGGCCUGAGACCUCUAAGCUUCUGCUCAGUUUCUUGGUCAGCGAUGAGUGGCAGAAGGCUCAGGCUGAUGCUGGUAGCUUCGUUCCCCGGGUUAGCCUGGACCAGGGCAGGCUUUACGAGCAGAAUGUUAGUGAGGUUGGUGGCUUCCGGGUCUUCAUGAACCAGCGGAAUGUUGUCGAUUGGUGGAAGAGCCAGUUGGAGACUACUUUGGGUACUCCUCAGGGAAUUAGUCCGUUGGAUGUCUAUCCUCGUGUCUAG